UGGCGGUGGCGUCAUCCCGCGCGAGAUCAACUCCGAGGCGUGCCUCCUCCCCGGGUUCUCCGUGCUGCUCUCGUGCCUGCCCAGCCACGCCAGCCUCCCGCAGCUCUACUUCUUCCUGCUCGCCCUCUUCCUCAACCGCCCCAUCACCUCCGUUCCCGAAAACGUGCAGCUGGACCUUGACUCGAUCUGGCGCUACAGCCUGGGGCUGCCGCCCAGCGUGUUCUCGGCGCCGCCAUCCGUGCCGGCGCCGUGCCUGGAGGCGGUGCUCACCCUCCUCGCCAUGCUGCGCUCCACCGUCAACCAGCCUUGGCAGGCCGAGGAGGAGGGCUCGUGGCUCAUCGAGUACCCCGUGACUCAGCUGCAGUUCCUGCAGUACCUCUACCACAACGUCGGCGGCCUGGCCAACGUGUGGACCCAUCCCGAGUUCCUGGGCUCCCUCGCUGCCACCAUCUUCCCCUACAACCUCCGCCCGCACUCUGAGAUGGUGGGCGACGCGGAGGACUCGGAGGGCCCCGAGGACGAGAGCGGCGUCUUCACGUCGGAGGCACCCAUGGGCCUCAACCGCAGCCGCUCGGAGCAGAUGGUGUCGGCGCGCAGCAGCUUCCUGUCGCAGCACCCGUCGCGCAAGCUCGUCGUCGACUUCCUGCGCACCAUCGCCGUCGACAGCCUCCUGCAGGGCAACGUGAGCAGGCAGUCGCCCCCGCUCCUCGACGUCCUGCUCGAGGCUUCGCCGGAGAGGGCCACCCAGAGCCAGCAGAGGGAGUAUCAGACGGAGCUGCUGCUGAGCAUCAUGGGACACCUACAGUCGGCCGACGCACUGAGACUCUUCUGGAGAACAGCAGACAAUGGUUCAGGCCGUGGCACCUACACUGCGGUGGCAAAUGGGAUCUUCUACUUUGCUCAGAGGGUGGUGGACAAGCUGUGGCAGGGCAUGUUCAGCAGGGAGCCACGACUCGUGUUUAACUUCAUCGCGGAACUGAUUUCACAGGCGAAGCAGCGGUCCCAGGGGCUGUCGCUGGACGGCCUCUACGGCUGCCUGAACCGCACCGUGCUCUACCAGCUGUCCCGCCCGCGCCGCUGGCCCGCCCAGCAGGGAGUCCUCCAGGAGAGCCUGGGCCAGCUGCUCGUUCACCGCAACCUGCUGCUCGGGCCCGGCAACUACCAGCCGGACUUCUUUGCCUGCCUGCUGCACUGCCUGCUGCAGAUUCGCAUGCAUAGAUUUGUAGACGGCUUCGGCCUGGAGGCUCGCUCGGCUUGGCACGUCCUGUCCACCUCUGACCCUGAUGACGAGGAAGCCAGCCAGGCGCGCGCCCAGCUCGUGAAGCUGGUGCGCCGGGUGUGGCAGGAGCUGAUCGGCAGCAAGCGGGCGGUGGUGGAGGUGCUGUGCCGCAGCCCGCUGCCCCCGGACACGCUGUCCGACCCGGGGCGAUCCGACCUGGCGUCGCUGCGCCACCUGCUGGAGGAGCCGUCUACCAGGGCCUGGCAGACGUACCUCGGCCACGAGAGGAAGCAGCUGAGCCGAGCGGAGCAGACGGUGUCUUCGCGCCUGCGCGUCGGCAGCAGCGGCGGGGGCUUCGCGCUCACGCGGCUCACGGGCAACAGGAAGCAGCGCAAGGAGAGCGCCGCCAACCGCUCCGCACCGUCCUUGCAGGAUGCGUCGGUGUGGAUGUUCACACACAUCGCGGUCGUGCGAGACCUUGUGGAAUACCGCUACAAGCAGCAGCAGGAGCGCGAGUGCAGCGUGGCGCGGCUGCUUGCCGCCGAGUGGGGGCGCCUGGAGGCCGAGGUGACGCGCGAGCGCGGCCCGUGGGGGCCACCCGUGGGCUCCCGCCUCGACAAGUGGAUGCUGGACCCCACCGAGGGGCCCUGCCGCAUGCGCCGCAAGCUCAUGCCCAACGAGCACUUCUACGCGCACUACGCGCACUACCCGUACCCGCCGAGCGGCUCCGACAGAGACGACACGCAGCUCAUGGAUGAGGCGGAGCAGAGUGGGCAGGAUGUGAUGAGAGAGAAGAGCGCUAAAGUGCGGCGAGUGAUCAGCUACGACAGCAAGGAGUUCUACCUCCGCCUGGUGUCGCAGUCCAGCCUGGAGCCCGUGGUCGCCACGGAGACGGCCGAGAGCGAGGCCGCCCGGCUCGUGGAGAACGGCGGAGAGGACAGCAUGGUGGGGGUCAAAGGGCUCGUGAAGCCGUUGCAGAGGUCUCGCUCGGGCGUGGAGCCGGGCGCCGGGCUGCCGGGCGGCGACGAUGAAGACGGCCUCCCGGACCCGAUGGCCGACGGGACCGGCAUCGGCGAUGGCGGCGAGAAGACGGAGAACCAGACGGUGCUGAGGCUGCUGGCGGAGGGCGAGACGAUCUCCCAGAUGUACCGGUGCGCGCGAGUUGAGGGCCUGGACACCAGCGAGGGGCUGCUGCUCUUUGGGAAGGAACACUUCUACGUCAUCGACGGGGUCACCAUGACGACCCGCCGGGAGAUCUGCGACAUCGACAUGCUGCCACCCGAGCUGCAGGACCCGGUGAUUCCCCGUGGGACCCGAUCGCCUCCGUCGCACCCGCAGCGCGCGUGCAGCAAGUUCAGCUACGAGGGCGUGCGCGAGGUGCACAAGCGGCGCUACCUCCUGCAGCCGAUGGCCGUGGAAGUAUUCUCAAACGACGGCAGGAACUACCUCCUGGUGUUCCCACGUGGGGUGAGAAACAAGGUGUACCAAAGGUUUUUGACGAUCGCACCGUCCCUCGCGGACAGCAGUGAGAGCGUCUCCGGACAGAACCCCAACGCAAGUGUGGAGGCUGGGUCGGGUCUGCUGAGCGGCCUGGUUGGAGAGCGAUCGGUGACGCAGCGCUGGGUGCACGGGGAGAUCAGCAACUUCCAGUACCUGAUGCACCUGAACACGCUGGCCGGACGCUCCUACAACGACCUCAUGCAGUACCCCGUCUUUCCCUGGAUCCUGGCCGACUACCAGUCUGAGGAGCUUGACCUGACGGACCCUCGCACGUUCCGAGAUAUGUCCAAACCCAUGGGAGCGCAGACGAUGGAGCGCCUGGAGCAGUUCCAGAAGCGCUACCAAGACUGGGAGGACCCAAACGGCGAGACCCCGGCCUACCACUACGGCACGCACUACUCGUCGGCCAUGAUCGUCGCCUCGUACCUCGUGCGGAUGGAACCGUUCACGCAAACGUUUCUCCGCCUGCAGGGCGGACAUUUUGAUCUGGCUGACCGCAUGUUCCACAGCGUCCGAGACGCCUGGCUGUCCGCCUCCAGGAACAACAUGGCCGACGUCAAGGAGCUCAUCCCAGAAUUCUUCUACCUCCCGGAUUUCCUGCAAAACUCCAACCACUAUAACCUCGGCUGCAAACAGAAUGGGAUUUGGCUGGGAGAGGUCCUCUUGCCAAACUGGGCCAAAGGAGAUGCUCGCGAGUUCAUCCGGGUUCAUCGAGAGGCCCUGGAGUGCGACUACGUGAGCGCUCACCUCCACGAGUGGAUCGAUCUGAUCUUCGGCUGCAAGCAGCAGGGCCCCAUGGCCGUGGCCAGCACCAACGUGUUCCACCACCUCUUCUACGAGGGCCAGGUGGACAUCUACAGCAUCACCGACCCUCUCAAGCUCACCGCCACCAUCGGAUUCAUCAACAACUUCGGCCAAAUCCCCAAGCAGCUCUUCAAGAAGCCUCACCCAGCGAAGAGGGUGGGCUCCAAGCCGUCUGGAGACACCAAUCCCGGAGCGUCCGCAGGCCCUGCCCAGGACUGUCUCUUCUUCCACCACCUCGACUGCCUCACCCCAUCGCCCGUGCCACUCAAGGAGCUGAAGGGCCCGGUGGGACAGAUUGUGUGCACGGAGCGAGGCGUCCUGGCGGUGGAAGAAAACAAAGUUCUGCUUCCUCCCGGCUUCCAGCGCACAUUUUCCUGGGGCUUUGCUGACCUCAGCUGUCGGCUCUGCAACUACGACACUGACAAGGCCCCCGUGGUGUUUGAGUGCAUGUGGGAGUGGGGUCCUCUGCUCUGUGCCGUGUGCCCCGACGCCAAGACGGUGGUGUGUGGGGGCACGGCGACGGUGCUGUGCGUCUGGGAGAUGCAGGGUGGCGGCAAGGACAGGAGGCCGACCGUUGGCCUCAAGCAGGUUCUCUACGGCCACACGGACGCCGUGACGUGCGUCGCCUUCUCGUCGGCGUACCACGUGUUGGUGAGCGGCUCGCGCGACCGCACCUGCAUUGUGUGGGACCUCAACAAGCUGUGCUUUGUCACGCAGCUGCGCGGCCACUCGGGACCCAUCGCCGCCGCCUGCGUCAACGAGCUCACCGGUGACAUCGUGUCGUGCUCGGGCACGAGCCUGUUCGUGUGGAGCGUGAACGGGGAGCCGCUCGCCAGCGCCAGCUCGGCGUCGGGUCCAGGCCAGCACGUGCUGUGCUGCGCCGUCUCCGAGGUGGACGAGUGGGACCGCCGCAACGUCAUCGUCACCGGGCACUCGGACGGCGCCAUCCGAAUGUGGCGCCUGGAGUUUCAGCAGGUGCCCGAGACGCCUGUCACACAGCACAUCGCUCACAACUCAGAGGGCAAGCUGCCUGUCGUGCCAGAAAUCAAUGCUGAAGAGGGCGAGGACGAGGAGGAGGAAGAGAGCAGCGACUCGGAAUUGGACGAACCCCAUGCCAACCUCUGCACAGAUCAGAAUGACCCUAAGCGCAUGACCCCGAAUGGACCGACCAGGCCCCAGGUGUGUUCCGAAUCGGAUCCGCUGCCAAGGAUGGCAAACAAUCGUCUGAGCUCGGAUGACGGAGAUGGCUUCGUCAUCGUCAGCUACUCUGACUCCGAGUCGUCGGAACAGGCGAAGGAGCGGCUCUUGAGCCACGGCCAAAGCAACGGUGGCAGCGGCAGCCACCACCAUCACCACGACGCACAGGACACCUCCAGUCCCAGACAACUGAAGCCGGGCUGGCGCUGGGAGAGGAAGUUGGUGCUCUGUGGGAAGCUGAGUAUGCCUGGAGGCGCUGGAAACUUCAUAGGCGGCCGCGAAGGAGCCGAGAUCACGGCACUGUGUGUGUCCAGGGACCACAGUCGCAUCCUGGUGGGAGACUCGCGAGGCCGUGUUUACAGCUGCUCAACCAGGGAGCUGUCAGGCCAUGGCUAGGAUGGAAAAUGACGGAAGUUCCCCCUCCCCCCAGAGGGAACGUGGUGUGGUGGGAGAAAAGUUUAGCGGCUUCCGAUUGAUUUCUCCAAAUGGCACUUGAGGGUGAUCGACAUCGCAUCCUUCUCUUUCUUUUCAUCAUUCACACACAGCUUCCAUUUUUUUGGAUGUUCUUUUUGGGGAAAGCGUGGAAAAAGCCACCGCCAGAAUGUUCCUGAUGACGACCAAAAAUGUACGAAGUUGUGGACUGGUGCGUGGGGAUGCGAUGCGGGGAACGAAGAUGAACUUUGUAUCGUAAAUGAUCAGUUUUGCGGCCGCAAUCCAACUGUUAUGUCACCUACUUAGCCACCUUGUAGAUAUCACAGAAACUAUAACAGGUCUUUGUAAUUACACGUAAACAUGUUUUGCCAGUUUUUUGUAUACUAAAGACUAAUUUGAAAGAAAAACAUAAUAAUAUAACGAUGCACUUCUCCACUUUAUCACGUGCCCUGUUUCGCUGUGCUGUGUUUGAGCGAGUACGUUGGUUCACUGUGUUCCUAUGAUGGACUUGUCAUCGAAGCUACGCGCAGUCUUGCGGUUCACUGAUCAUUUACAUAUAUCCAUCACUUUGAAGGGAAAGACAGCGAUUCCUUUGCAUUCCAGUGCGCGGGAGUAAUCGCAACUAUCCGGUUGCAAAACAAGGGCACCUUUCAGAAGUUAACGUUGCUACUUUGAAAUGGCUUUAUCGAUGCUCAUUGUCGGUAUUGUAGAUAUCGCCACUGUUGUGUCAGAGUCCCGCGUUCUUGGCCGACCUUCCGUGGUUCCGCGAGUACCGUGCUUGUGAAGCUGCGCCCCCGAUCUCGUGCCAGAGCAACUUGCUUCUCACCGGCUUCCUCGUUGGCGAGCUGUCGUCUCUCUCCGUUUCACUCGAGCUCAAUGCCCAUCCCGUCUGUGCCAUGCACAGUGAAGCACAAGUAUCCGCAUACCGUAGGUGUGACGAUCUGAGGCCGGUUAACCUACGACAACAAGCUUUGCCGCACUGUGGUGAAUUCUCCGAAGGAGGCCGGUUGAUUGUGAGCAGGGGCAUCGUCACGGCUGUGCUUCGGACCAAUGCGAUGCUUGUGAUCUUAUUAAGCUGUGGCUAAGAAAAGUCACCACAUGUGCGAUCAUUUUAAGCCAGUGCUCUGUGAGCCUGUGUUAGCGGUUAUAUUUACCCUAAUACAGAUGUCAGCCAAUGCUGCUUUUGUUGCAGAUGGUCGCCUUGUGAACCAGUGAAGACUGCAAUUUCCAAAUUAGCGUUAUUACAAUUGCACACUGAACAAAAAAGUGUAUACAUUCUUGAACAAAAUGUAAACAAAGUUCUGUUCCUAAAAACGAAUUGUUUCGUGAAUGCGUGGGAUUUAUGAGACCACCGUUAUACCCGUGUAACAUGAAAUCAAUUCGUAAUAUGCUGUAUUUGGUCUACAAAAUUGAUGUGACUUUAAUUUGGCUACAUUCCUACUCUUAAGAAGGCACCGAGUAAAUGGACGCUUCGGUUUCAAAGUUGGUUUAGAAGUUUAUGGCCCUUUUCUUUCUUACUGAAAGGUUCAAGGUUGAUGUUUCACUUGCCACAGCUCCAUGGUUCAUAGAUUACGUGAUUUUACGCAGAUACAAAUCGCGUGAUGUGGGGGGGAGGGAGGAGCUGUUCAGAGAUGUGGAGCCCAAAGUAUUGGGCCACGUGGCGGUGAGGUAGAAGGAAGCAGCCACAUUCAAACUGGAUCAUUCAUAUGAAAUGGAUGGUCCAUAAAACAAUAUUUCCAUGAUUGAGAAAUACAUCCUUAUGUUGUGGUAUUAAUAUAAUCAUGUAUCAAACGGUUUUGUUAUUUUGGAGCAAUUUGACCUUGAAUGUGAUACUAAAUUAUCCAUUUAUAACAGCAUGGAAAGAUUUUCAUAUAGUCGUGUUAUAGAAUGUGUUUUUAAAAUAUCCCAAAGUAAUAUAGCCUCAAUCAACAGUGUAGUUUGAAUUUGACAUGUACACUUCAUUGGUGCAAUUUCCUUGAAGCAUUUUUUUUACAGUUUCAUGGCAAAGUCACCUUCAUAACCAUCAACACUCCUAUGUCAGAUCUAUGGAAUUGAGUGGCUGAUUGCUUCAGUGGCAGAUGUAUUAAUUUCCUCUACCAUUGCUUGAUUUCCAAGCAUAAUGUGAAGUGGGCAGACUAGCAAUCAUUCAUAAUAUAGGUUUUUUUGGGUUAGAUCGCGUAGAUAUAAAUGUGUUGUUAACCCCGCCACCACCUGACACAGCCAAUUAGUAAGGUUUGUCAUGUAAACAAAGCAUGACCAUCAGUUGAGUUCAGCACACCGGUGUGUUGGAGAAUAAACCCACAAUGUCGAUGGUGGGUUUAAUGACACAUUUAGAUCUCCGUGAUCUAACCCAGACACCUCAUGGAUUAUUCGGUCGCGAAAGCCUACGUGUUCAACAGACUAGUCGGUUUUUUUCACUUAUCGGUUCAAGUCUAAAUUACCUUUUUAAAAUGUGGCUAUAGUUUGCGUUUAACCAUAGUCAUCAAUUUACACGGCUCUGUCUACGCAUUUUUAAACUUGCAUUCAUAUCCAUUCCAGUUCGGUUUUAAGGGACCAUUUAAUUUGUUCCAUCGCUCAAUCAUGCAAAAAAUAUCAAGUGGGGAAAAAACCCCCCCUCAUUAUGCACACAUUUCCUAUACCGUACUUUAUUUUUUAUAAAUACUUUUUUAACAUAACAUUUUAUGUUUUAAGUUAUAUUGUGCUUUUUUUGUACUUCAUGUUUAUAAAUUUAUUUUUUUGCUGUAGUUAUUGUACCGCAAUUCGCUAUACACAUGCGUGCAUAUCACCCCCCCCCCAGCUGCGAUUGUGUUGAGCCGAGUCGUCGUUUCUCUGGCAAAAUUAAUUCUUAAAGCUGUCGGGCAAAUUUAAAACGAGACGACAUCGCUCUGCGUGUUUCCUACACAACCUCGGCUCAAAUUCAACCUCCCAUUCAUUGUUGUAAAUCAAAUCAAAGUUGCUGGUUAGCUGGAGCAUGAACAAUUUAGUGUGCAAUAACUUAUUUUUAAUAUUACAUAUUAUAUCUCUCCAUACGGUGUAUGGAGUGUCGGAUAAGUUUUCCAAAAUGAGAAACCACUGAUAUUUUUACCCAACAUUUUUUUCUUCUGUAUUGUUGGGUUUAUUCCAUUGUUUUUGGCCGAUGUCUUUCAGUAUUUCCUCGCUAGGCAAAAGACAUAGCAGUGUUUUGAUUAUGGUUUUGUAAAUUACCGUACCGUACAAACUGUUUCUUAACCCAGCUUUCCUUGCCACGAAUCUCACAGCCCUGUUGUGGCGUAAGACAUGGUGCUUUGACAUGAAUUAAAAGCCAGCACCUGCCUUUGUGGAAUUUUAUUUCAUGGACCUUGAGAGUUAAAUUUAAAUUACUUUUACGUAAGAUUGCACUGCAAAACUUAAAUGUUGUCUAUUUUUUUUAAAGCAAUGCUUUAACAUAUCUUGUAUUACUGUUAAGUGCCUAAGGUUUGUUGUUGCAUAUGGGCAUCCUGUUAAUUGCAUGUGUGGUUGGGUUUUCUUCCCUGUCUGAAGUACACUUACCAUUAUUUUUGGCAACGUGGAGUUUGUGGGUCAAGGCCUGAUUAACCGAUAUCAAAAUAUUCGGACUUUGAAUUGAGACUUCAAGUUCAAGUGAACUUUAAUUGCCCAACAAUUACAUUAAUUAAAAACGAAUAGUUAAUCAUUCACAGCCAUUUGUAGUACCAGCUAUGAAGAUUAGGCCGUGUGCUCUCUGGGAGCGGGGAAAAAAAACAGAGAUAAUUGUGGAAUGGCACAGACAUUGGGGGUUGUGAAAGUUUUACCUGUAAAAUAUCCUCGUAUGACAUUUAACACCGCUAUCGUUGUGAUUACCAUAUAAUGUAUAUGCGCACACUUCUGGCCGCUAUGAAACACGAACCCGAAAAGUAAUUACGAUCGUCUCGUCCAACAUGUACGCGAGUAGUGAUGGUUGUCAAUGUGUUGCGUGGUUCCAGAUUGUUUGCCGAUCCGCCUGUUAUGCCAGUGGUUACAGAUGUGCGUGUGAAGCUCCCCCCAAAAAAAAACCCUCGCCUGAAUGUAAGCCUUCAUUUUCAGCAGGCAUAUAACCCUGUUUGUAAUUAAACAUUUGCCGAUGAAUUAAAUGCAGGAGCGCGGUGGGUGCUUUAACAGCCGUUGGGUGACAGAAGGCUUGGGUUGUGGUGACUUUUAUGUUUGCAGCAGCAGCAAAAAAAAAAACUGGCAUUUGCGGAACUAGAACAAUUCACCGCCGAUUGUCAAGGUUGAGCAAAAAGGGUGGACGCGCGUAAACUUGCAGCACUGCUAUGUGUUUCAUAGCAAAACUUGUACAGGUUAGACAGGUAAAGCAAUAUAAAAAAUAAACGUGUUUUUAAAUAUU